ACAGAGUGGCCGGGGAACGCUCCCAUUGGGCGGCAGCUGGUCACAUGGCGUGUCAGGAAGGUGAUAUGAGGGGUGGAGGGCACUUUUACAGCUUUGACAUACUACCUAGAAGGUUAGGGCAAAGGCAGCGGCGAUUAAUGAGUCCUCUGUCUUGACCCAAACACGAUGAACUCCUACCUUGACUACCCUCUCUGCAACCGCGGCCAGAACCUUUUCAAGGCCGGAUAUCACAACUUGAACCACGGAUACAUGACGUCCAACACUUGCACGACGAGUGACGGUUACACCCAAGACGGACGCUUGGUCGCGGCCUCGUCAGCGUCACAUCAGAACCACCAGAACCUACCAGUACACCACCACCACCACCACCAGGCACACGUCAACUUGGACCUGCAGUUCGCGCAGCCGCCGCCGGGCAACUCCGUAUACGGAUCCGCCCUGGAGUACGGACACCACCAGUACGGCCUGGCUCCAGAACAGGACCGGGGCUACAUGCAUGCGCAGGUCUCGCCCCUCGGAACCAACAUGGGGCCUUAUGCCGGGGACAGUUGCGGGCCGGGGCUUGCUGGCGGCGCACAGUACCUCCACUACGGCAGCGGGGAGCAGAGGCAGCCUGCAGACUAUCCGGAGGGCGUUUACGUGCGUGCAGCGGCCCAGCAAAAGGAGAGAGACGUGGAUCAAGUGGAGGAAAGUUCGAAAACUUUCGACUGGAUGAAAGUGAAGAGGAACCCCCCCAAAACAGCGGUCCUGUCCGAGUUCGGCGUCCCGGGCCAGCACAACGUCAUCCGGACCAACUUCACCACCAAGCAGCUGACGGAGCUGGAGAAGGAGUUCCACUUCAACAAGUACCUGACGCGGGCCCGGCGGGUGGAGGUGGCAGCCAGUCUGGAGCUCAACGAGACGCAGGUGAAGAUCUGGUUCCAGAACCGCAGGAUGAAGCAGAAAAAGCGCGAGAAACUGGGCUGCGGCGUGCUGCAGGGCACGGCCGCCGAGAAACACCCUGACACCCCCACACGGCCCCCCAAGGCCGCAGAGUGAACCGUGAACUAAAAAUAUGACUGGAGGAGCAGUCCUUUCCCUUUAGCGGCGGCGUUCCGAACUGGGGGGAAAUAAAGUAAAAUACAUAAACUGCGCGAGGACUUGUGGAAUUUCAGGGUAUCAACGCUAAA